CUUGGACUGCGCGUGGUCCGUGGACCUGACUGGACAUACGGCGAUGAAGUUCCAGAAGGCUUAUUCGGUACUGUUGUAGAAAUAGAUGGACAAUGUUGUUCUUUAGCUCCAGACAAAUCUGUCGCUGUUAUGUGGGAUUCCGGUAUCAAGGUUUACUACAGAGCUGGAUUUGGAAACGCCUAUGAUCUCCACAUGUACGACAAUGUUCAAUGUGGUGAGUCCUUGUGUCCAGUGUACGGCUUUUUGCAUCCACAAUUUCAUUUCCACAGAGAAGCUCAGUGUCAGUGGAAAUUCGUUGAUGAGCCAUUACAGCUGCCAAGUCUUUUUUUUUCUGUUUAAUUAAUACAUUUUACCUCCUCUCACUUGCUUUCCAUUCUUCGUAACUUUUUUUUUGUCUGGGUUUGCGCCUAAUAAUAUUAUUUUCUUUUCGUUUAGGUAGGCUACACGUAUAUAUUCAUAAAGUAAUUUUAAUUUAUAUUAAUUUAAUUUUUUUUUGUACUGACGAAGGUAUUUUCCAACGUGUCCAUUGGUAUUUCGUAAAAUCCUCAUGAAAGGCUGAACAUAUAUUGCUUUAUUUAUACCAAUAGUCUGUGUCUAAUUAGUGUUGUGUUUAUUUAAAAGCGACAAAAUAUCAUACAUUUUCACCUCUUAUUAUAGGAUACAGCCAGCCAUUCAAACCUGAAAAAAUAGUGAUAUGCAAGUACACACUAUACGUUCUGAAAUGGCUACAUUUAAAUACAAUUUACGGGUUUAAUAUAUUCUUAUUAUUGAUGUCCUUGCAGUUACAUUAUGGUAUUCAUUACUUUUGAUUUUAUAAUGAAAGAUCUUUUCAUCAUUAGAAACAGUCUUCGCUUUAGUUUUGCAUUUGUAACGUCCUGUUACAUGUAAAAUUGUCUUUUAAAUUUUAAAAAUAUCAUUUUAGGUUAUUAUGAUUAAAAAGAGUAGUUUAAAAAAAAAAAAAAUUGAGAACCCAUUUUCGUCCACAACAGGCGCGCUCCACGAAUUCAGAACUUGCACAAGCUGCGGAGAACAAGAGAUUGCAGGCUUCAGGUGGAAGUGUGCAUUUUGUCCAGCCACCGACCUGUGCACCUGGUGUUACAUGUCAGACAAGCAUGACAUCUCACACAUGUUCAUCAGAUAUGAAACUCAGUUUUCCAUUGGGUAAGUCUAUACGUUGUUUGCUUUACCAAAAAAAAAAUUGAAUUAGAUUAAUGAGAAAAACAUAUAUGAAAUGAAGUGGUUGGAUGCUAUUUUAAAACCAAAACCAGGAUAAAGACAUGGCAUCAAUGAAAAAUUGUGAAUUUCGCUUAAACCGUAUGGCGACAACCUACAAAAUCAUGCUAUCAAUUUAUUUUCCAUAUACAUUCUAUCCGUUGCAUUACUUGCAUAAAAUAGAGCAGUAACUACAAUGUCUAAAAUUCCUCUCCAUUCUGCAGCGCUUUACUUUUGUCAGGGAUUUAUGCUCACUCUUAUUCGUUUAUUUUAUUUUUAGCUAGGAUACAUAUAUAUAUGUCAAUAAAUAUCAUGUAAAGUUCAUUUAUACAGAUAUGAAUGUUUUUUAUUUUACUGGUGAAUGCAUUUGCCGAGACAUUUACAUUUGUAUUUAUUGCUCAUCAUUUGUAAAGGAUGACCUGUAUUGUUUUAAUUACAUUUUUUUUUACAUUGCAAGAUACCUUUAGUUAAUGUAUUAAGUUUAACUGUUAUAUGGCGUAACGAAGCCGACACAUGAACUCUUUAGCGACCCGUAACCGACUGGAUACCCUUGCUCGAGACGCGUAGCUAGAGUGUUUGGCGCACAGAGGCGUAGCUAUAGUGGUUGACACCCAGAGGCGGCGUAGCUAGAGUGUUUGGUGGGCGGGGACUAAAUUCACGUUAAAGAGCCUCCCUUUCUUUGUUCAACUCUCAAACCCAUGAUUGUCAUCAAUAAAAUAAUAUCAAUGUACGUUUCGGCACCCUUAAAUAGUCUGGCGCCCAGGGACCUCUUCCCUUUCCCCAGUCCGACCUAGCUACGCCUCUGACUUGUCUCCUCGUGCUACAGUUAUAUCCAAAUCUGUCCAUGACACGUUGCUUAGCCUUUACUCCUCCAGAAUUUAUAAACGGUUCCCAUCGACUCUCGACAACUACCCAGAUUCUUAAACUCCUAUCCAAUACUCAUAAAACACUUACCCUCUUGAACACUUAUCUAGGACAUAAUCUAUGUCAGAAAGUUUCCGGAAUUAUUUUCCAAAGAAUCUCGUCAUUACUGCAAAGUCUUCUUAGUGUAAGCAUUUGGGAGAAAGGAAAGGAAUUUUAACAUGACCGAGGAUGGGACGAUGACUGAGGCAGUAAGCUGUUCCUCUCUGAUGUCUUCUAAUGAAUGGACGUUGAUACUAUGUUCUUGUGAAGGUUCAUUUUGAUGUCAAAAAAAUAUUGGCAGAACGUUCAUGAACGUUCAGGAAGUAAAUUUGAUUGAUGGAUAUAACGUUGUUUUGUGUCGUAUAUACGUUGGAAAGUCCCAUGGAAUCAUUAAUACAUCUUUUGUAGUAUUCACUUUGGAAAUUCCCAUGGAAUCAUUAAUACAUCUUUUGUAGUAUUCACUUUGGAAAUUCCCAUGGAAUCAUUAAUACAUCUUUUGUAGUAUUCACUUUGUAAUUCCCAUGGAAUCAUUAAUACAUCUUUUGUAGUAUUCACUUUGGAAAUUCCCAUGUAAUCAUAAUACAUCUUUUGUAGUAUUCACUUUGGUAAUUCCCAUGAAAUCAUUUAUACAUCUUUUGUAGUAUUCACUUUGGUAAUUCCCAUGCAAUCAUCAAUACAUCUUUUGUAGUAUUCACUUUGGAAAUUCCCAUCCAAUCAUCAAUACAUCUUUUGUAGCAUUCACUUUGGUCAUUCCCAUGGAAUCAUUUAUAUUAUUAUUCACAGAAUUCUGGGAAAUGACACUAUGUAUCCUCCUAAUGGCACAAAAGAAAAAGACAAAUAAAACUCGGUCCCAUGUUCAUACCCAUGGCCAUACCACCAAUACCACCAAUACCACCAAUACCACCAACACCACCAAUACCACCAAUACCACCAAUACCACCAACUUGAUUUUUUUUUAAAGAUCGCUUACAUAAAAAAGAGUUAUAUAAACCAGCUCUGCCAAAUGUUCAUUGGAUCUUUAUUUGGAAAAUAGGAUAAGGGUUCUUAUUUAGAAAGAAUGAAAAGCAGUAAGUCAAUCUGUGUCAGGAAUCAGCACGUACAAUGAAAAUGCGCCCAUUUAAAAAAAAAGAAGUGAGUAGGUUUAGUUAGGCUCAUUUUUUUUUCAAGCCCCAGUUUCCAACAAUGUCCGAGAAACAGUGAACCUGACCCUUUUGAUUCAACAGUUUGAGACCCCCUGAUACACGGAAUGAGAGAAAAAAAAAUGAUAAACCAGACCUAAAAGGAAGACACUCGCCUACAAUUAACCAAACAUGGAUUUUUUUCCAAUGCCAACCAGGGACGUACACAUUUGUACAUCACGUGUCUCGUGAAAACUUUGUACAUCAUUCACCAGGACAAGAUUCGAUACAAUAGAGUAACAUUAAAAUAUUACAAUUAGAUGCUUGUAAAAAAAAAGUGUUAACAAGAAUUCAAUACGCUUAAUGUAGAUCUAUCAAGCACAAACAAUGAUAUCAUCACAUAUUAUUUAAAAAAAUGUGCCUACUGUAUUGCUACGUUGCCAUGGUAAUAAAUGCACAUAAGAAAACAACUAACGUAUUUAUGGGCGCAUAACACGCACCGGCGUAACAUACGCACCUCAUUUUAAGAAGGAAAUUUCAGGAAAAAAAAACGUAACAUUAUAUUAGCUCAUAACACGCACACAUCAUUUGCCCCCUAUUUUCAGGGAGAGAAAGUGCGUGUUAUACGACGAUAAAUACGGCGGUUAUUGCAAAUAAAAAUGUAUGUUUCAAAACUGAAAAUUAAUCAUCCUCGAUUUGAAAUUAGAAAGCGUGUGUUUAAAACAGUUGCAAUAAUUUAUUUUGUCUCCUGCAUUCCUAACGAAUAAAACAACGUAACAUUAUAUUAGCUCAUAACACGCACACAUCAUUUGCCCCCUAGUUUCAGGGAGAGAAAGUGCGUGUUAUACGACGAUAAAUACGGCAGUUAUUGCAAAUAAAAAUGUAUGUUUCAAAACUGAAAAUUAAUCAUCCUCGAUUUGAAAUUAGAAAGCGUGUGUUUAAAACAGUUGCAAUAAUUUAUUUUGUCUCCUGCAUUCCUAACGAAUAAAACAACGUAACAUUAUAUUAGCUCAUAACACGCACACAUCAUUUGCCCCCUAGUUUCAGGGAGAGAAAGUGCGUGUUAUACGACGAUAAAUACGGCAGUUAUUGCAAAUAAAAAUGUAUGUUUCAAAACUGAAAAUUAAUCAUCCUCGAUUUGAAAUUAGAAAGCGUGUGUUUAAAACAGUUGCAAUAAUUUAUUUUGUCUCAUGCAUUCCUAACGAAUAAAACAAAUUUAAAAUAAUUGCAUAGUGUACUUAUGAUGAAAAAAGAAAAUACCUUAUAUAAAAAUUUCAAAAAAUCCUUGUCUCCACCACUAGGAUAUCGCUUUGGUAGCCUGUGGAUAUCAUUUAAAUAUUUAUUAUAGGUUUCAAAAGAAUGAUUUUAAAACACGCACGAGCUGAUCCAAAACUCCAUUGCAGCGUUAGAGUCCCCCCUCGAUGUGACUGUCAGGGUGACAAACGAUUGGCUAAUGGCAUUUUCAACGGUGCAUUUGUGACCCGUGGGGAAGACUGGAAAGCGGGUAAUCAAGAUGG